ACAAGUGACAGCACUGUGUAUAACAAAGUAAACAAUUUCUUGUGUUUUGGUUCGGAAUCUCGUCGAAAAAUUGUCGAUAUUGCUUGAAAGUAUCGGCAAGCCUAGUCGUUGUCGAAAUAUUUAUGAUUAGGCAAACAUUGGCAUUGACAAGGUGUUGACCAAGACGUCGUCUCGGUCACGGAGCGCACCAUGUUCGAAAGUCUGGGAUUUGGGACAAUGGUGAAAACUGUUCGGAGCAGCAUCGUAGGAACAUAUCCACCAUGUCAUAUUCGCAGUCGGAUCGAGGAGCGACGAGCCAAAGCCCGAAUUUUGAGACAGGAACGCCGACGAAAACCCGACAAACCAGAUGAUUUCAUAACCUACGAUGAUUCCGAGAGUGAGGAAGAGACUCCACAACAGCAGGACGAGAUAUUACACACAACAUUCAAUUUUGAAGAUUUCCUUCGCAGCCGAGAAUCAAACUUGAAACAAGAGAGGUACGUCAGCUUGGACUACACUACGAGAUAUAUACUAACCCAUGACAUGCUUCGGGAGACUUCCAUUUCCCUGGGUUAUUUGAACAAAGUUUUCUGUUCGCAAUGGCUUAGCAACAGGCAAGUUGUUUUCGGAACAAAGUGCAAUAAGUUAAUGGUUUACGAUGUUAAUAUGCGACGUGUUGAUGCUAUACCAACGCUAUCUAAUACACGCUUGAAUGGACCCGAAAUGCAAAACGGUAUACACGCGAUAGAAAUCAAUCCGAGUCGAACAUAUUUGGCGACAGGAGCGCGACAUUCAGUGGAUAUAGCUGUUUACAGGUUGCCCACACUUGAUCCAGUUUGUGUUGGUGAAAAUGGUCAUCGUGACUGCAUCAUGGACAUCUGCUGGUUAGAUGACCAAUUUUUAGUAUCAGGUUCAAAGGAUUCAAAAAUGUCAUUAUGGCGAAUCAAUGAAGAUCUCAUGGAGUUUCCUGAUGGUGGUGAAGAGUCUUGUCCUACGUACGCAAAUGUUUCGCCAGUGUGCGUUAAAGAUUGCCAUCAAUCGCAAAGGAUACGGUCGCUUUGUUUUAACAAUGAAUAUAAAGAAAUAGCAGCGCUGUCUCUAAAUGGUUACAUACAUAUAUUCAACGCAGAAACAUUCAAACAAAAAUUGUCGAGGAAGUUGCCGAAUUGCCAAGAUAACGUUAGCUUAGCGUACCAUCAUGACGGAUUGUACGCUGUUGGUUGUAGAUCCUACACAAUAUUACUUGAUGCGAGAACUUUGCAGGCAGUUAAAAAAAUUCCCGCACGAUAUAGUGGUUGUGCAAUUCGCUCCACUAGUUUUAAAGCUAAUAUCCUAACUGUUGGAACUGGCCUGGGCAUGCUGAUGUUCUACGAUAUCAGGGCCGGUAAAUACCUAGAGAGUAGUGUGAAUGCUUCACGGACAGUAGUUUUGAAAGCUAGCCGAGGAUAUGUGUAUCCUGAGGAGGAACUUGAUGGCAUACAACAAGGGAAGUAUGUUCCUGCAAUAUACACACAUUGCUACGAUAGUAGUGGCAUGCGGAUAUUUGCUGCCGGCGGACCACUUCAGACGACGCUAAUAGGCAAUUACGCGGGAGUGUGGCAGUAGUUAGAAAAAAAGUAUAUAUUGAAUGGAGAAUAUUUAUAAUGAGAAUACAAUAAAUUUAAUUUUUUACUAUGAUAAAUGUAUAUUUAAAAUAAUGCAUGCUGUACGCCUCAAUGAAAAUGUUUUUAUAAUUAACUGAAUUGAAAUGCGAUUAUGUCUUACAACAUGAGUGUUGUGACUAAAAAAGAUUUUGCGUUACUUGAUGCGGCAGCGAUAAAAAGCGAUCGUGAUAAUUUCUUCUUAAGUAUUAGAUGAUAUGGUUUUACUUCAAUAAUAAUUAUACUAUUAUCAUAGUUUAAGUAAACGUACAGAUUAAUACAUAGCUUUGAAGCGAAUACACAACUACUUGCAGUUAAAUUAUACAAAAAUUUAUGAUGCUUGAAUAAUUUCAUUUUUGAAAGUCUACUUCCAAUAAUUUUGUUAUAAAUCUAUUUGAACAAUAGAUUGCGAAAUGCAUUCUUCUAAGUUUUAAAUUUUGGCAUGAAACCAAGGAAACCAUUUUAUUCUUUUAUCAUUUUGAAAUGAAAGUAUAUAAACAUUGAAAAGAA